AUGCUGCGUGCCGUGUCCGCGCUCCUGGUGUGUCACGCGGCGCUCGCGCUGGACGUGGACGUCGAGGAUUUCGGCGCCAAGGCCGACAACAAGACCCUGAGCAGCGUGGGCAUCAAUUCAGCCUUAAAAGCGGUGUCGGCGCGCGGCGGCGGCGUCGUCCACGCGCGCGCCAAGGGCACGUACCGCGUGGCGCGCGUCGAGCUCCAAAGCCACACGGAGCUGCGCAUCGGCCCGAAGACGGUUCUCUACGCGUCGGACGCCGAGGAGGAUUGGACGGACCGCGCGGUCGAGGUGCCCGAGAAGUGCGGCGGCGCGGGGAUCGUGCAGAACGCGACGCGCGGCGGCGUCUUCUUCGCGGUCCGCCAGUCCAACUUCAGCAUCACGGGCGGCGGCACCGUGAACGGCGGCGGCGCCAAGUGGAACAACGACGCGCGGCGCGCGCACUUCCUCGAGCUCUUCUUCUGCUCCGACGUCGUCGUCGAGGACCUGACGAUCACGAACUCGAGCCAGUGGACCCUGCGGCCGUCGUAUUCGCAGCGGCUCGACUUCCGGCGGCUCACGAUCCUCGGCUCCACGACGGGCGCCAACCACCACAACACGGACGGCUUCGACCCGUGGGCGUCCAAGGACGUCACGUUCGCGGACUCGUACUACGAGGCGGGCGACGACUGCGUCGCGGUCAAGUCGGGCAAGAACGACGACCCGCGGCCCUGGGAGCAGGAGUGCGGCGUCCCCUGCGAGAACAUCUUCGUCUCGAACGUCACCUGCGCGCACGCCCACGGCCUGACCGUCGGCUCGGAGAUCGCGUCGGGUGUUCGCAACGUGACCUUCGUCAACGUCGUCGUCAAUUCCGGGAGUCCCGUCAAGCUCAAGUCGCAGUGCGGACGCGGCGCCUACGUGCGCGACGUCCUGUACGAGAACAUCACCGGUUUGAACAUCGACGGCUCGGCGGUCUGGCUGGACAUGGAGUACGGCGACGGGAGCACGGACCCGUGCCCGGAGAACGAGACCUCGGUCUUCGACAACGUCACCGUGCGCAACCUCUUCGUGCACAAAGCGGAGACCGCGUACACGAUCGUCGGCGACGAGAUCCGGGAGCACAAGAAGCGGCCGACGAUCACGAACCUCGCGCUCGAGAACGUCACCGUGCUCGAGUACGACCACACGGGCGAGUGCACCCACGCGUCGCUGGAAGGCCGAAGCCUCUCGCCGCACCCGAAGGCGAGCGAUGCCACGUGCACGAUCCUUACCUAA